UCUGUCUGCCAUCUGCCUGCCAUCUGCCAUCGCCUCCAACCACUGUCCUCGCCUCUGUAAUCCGGACAGCGCAAGCCGCCAAACUCUCCUGUUCACUCUUCUUUCAACCGCCGCACCGAGUCAGAACCCUACCAUGGAACGAUUGCAACGUCUGCUUGGAGCCGGAGGCAUGGGCCGAGCUCAGCCCGGCGUCGAUACACCCACCGUCGACACGGCCGAGAUGGUCUACAUCUCGUCUCUUGCACUGCUCAAGAUGCUGAAGCACGGCCGCGCCGGUGUGCCGAUGGAAGUCAUGGGCCUCAUGCUCGGAGAAUUCGUCGAUGACUAUACCGUGCGGGUCACCGAUGUGUUUGCCAUGCCUCAGAGCGGAACGGGUGUAUCCGUCGAGGCCGUCGAUCCCGUGUUCCAGACCAAGAUGCUGGACAUGCUGAAGCAAACCGGAAGACCAGAGAUGGUCGUUGGCUGGUACCACUCGCAUCCCGGAUUCGGCUGCUGGCUUUCGAGCGUCGAUAUCAACACACAGCAGAGCUUCGAGGCCUUGAACCAGCGCGCCGUCGCCGUCGUUAUCGACCCGAUCCAGUCCGUCAAGGGCAAGGUGGUUAUCGAUGCCUUCCGAUUAAUCAACCCCCAGACUGUCAUGCUCGGCCAGGAGCCCCGACAGACGACAUCGAACGUUGGCCAUCUGAACAAACCCAGCAUCCAGGCGCUCGUCCAUGGGCUGAACCGCCACUACUACUCGAUCGGCAUCAACUACCGAAAAAACGAGCUGGAGCAAAAGAUGCUUCUGAACCUGCACAAGAAGACUUGGUCCAGCGGCCUGAAGCUCGAAGACUUUACGGAGCACGCUGCCGAUAACGAGGGCUCGGUUAAGACCAUCCUGAACCUCUCGGAAGCCUAUAACAAGUCAGUGAUCGAGGAGAUGACCAUGACGUCCGAGCAGCUCAAGACCCGCCACGUCGGAAAGCAGGAUCCCAAGCGACAUCUGGAAGAGACAGUGGAGAAGGCCAUGACCAACAACAUUGUCCAGUGUGUAGGAUCGAUGCUGGACUCGGACGCAUUCUAAUGGCGCUCCUGGCGCACUGAACGAUGGCUGGAAGACAACAGGACGGUGGGCCCGAUCGACCGAAUGGCAACUGAGGCUGCGAAUCUGGUGGUGUGGCCUGGGCUGGGCUGGGCUGGACUGGACUUUGGGCUGGCCUGUGCUUGCACCAGAUGACCGAGCCAAACUGGCGACGAGAGACGGGUCUGGGCAGGCAAGGGCAGCGAGAAUGGGUCUGGUUGCGACAUAGGUGGCCCAACGUGCUGUGUCGAGGGUCAAUACAGCCUGAAUCUGGACGAGCCAAGCCUCCAUGGUGACAGAU